AUGCCUCCUCCCACCACAGACGGGCUGUACACCCUGAGCACUGAGGAUGGCGAGAUCUACCAGACCUUCUGUGACAUGACCACACGCGGCGGCGGCUGGACCCUGGUGGCCAGCGUGCAUGAGAACAAUGCCCGUGGGAAGUGCACUGUGGGUGACCGCUGGUCCAGCCAGCAGGGGAGCAGCCCCCUCUACCCGGAGGGGGACGGGAACUGGGCCAACAACAACACCUUCGGCUCCGCCGUGGGCUCCACCAGCGACGACUACAAGAACCCUGGCUAUUACGAUCUCCAAGCUCGGGACCUGUCCGUGUGGCACGUCCCCAACAAGACACCAGUGAAAGAUUGGAGGGACAUGGCCAUCCUGAGGUACCAUACUCGGAAUGGCUUCCUGUCAUCUGAAGGUGGAAACUUGCUCCGGCUCUACGAGAAAUACCCAGUGAAAUACGGUGCUGGUAUCUGCCCUAUGAAUAAUGGCCCAGCCGUGCCUGUUGUCUAUGACUUCGGCAGCCCUGGGCAAACCGCUGCCUACUACUCCCCGAAUGGCCGAGCUGAAUUCAUCGCUGGCUUCAUCCAGUUCCGUGUGUUCAAUCAUGAGAAAGCGGCCAUGGCCCUGUGUGCAGGGAUGAAAGUCACUGGCUGUAACACUGAGCAUCACUGCAUAGGCGGUGGAGGUUUCUUCCCAGAAGGCAACCCGAGGCAGUGUGGCGACUUCCCCGCCUUCGACUGGGAUGGCUAUGGAACCCAUCAGAGCUGGAGCACGUCCCGGGAGAUGAUCGGAUCUUCUGUGCUGCUGUUCUACCGCUAA